GUGUGGUCAGUGCGUGCAACAGUUCAGCCAAUGCAACACCAUCUACCCCAUCAAAAUAUCCAUCCGUUAUUUUCAACACGUGAUAACUCCACCACUAUAACAGCUCUUGUAAAAGCGAUUGCGGUAAUCAAUUCGCAAGAUGCAGAAGGUCAACUUUCAUAUCGCGCAGCUGCAAAAAAGUUUGGUGUUAAUAUUAUAAUAUUAACGCGCUAG